CAUGGCCUAACGUUCCAGCUCUCCUGGAUUUCUUUUUUUACUUGUUUCGUUUCGACUUUUGCUGCUGCACCUUUAGUCCCUAUUAUUAGGGACAACCUUAAUUUGACUAAAAUGGAUGUUGGUAACGCUGGGGUUGCUUCCGUUUCCGGAAGUAUUUUGUCUAGGCUUGCUAUGGGUGCGGUUUGUGAUUUGUUGGGUCCCAGGUAUGGGUGUGCUUUUCUUAUCAUGUUGUCUGCCCCAACUGUUUUUUGUAUGUCCUUUGUUUCGUCCGCUGGUGGCUACGUAGCUGUCCGGUUCAUGAUUGGGUUUUCACUAGCCACAUUCGUAUCGUGUCAAUAUUGGAUGAGUACUAUGUUUAAUAGUAAGAUUAUUGGGCUAGUGAACGGAACAGCUGCCGGAUGGGGUAAUAUGGGUGGCGGUGCAACUCAACUCAUCAUGCCACUUCUUUAUGACAUAAUUCGAAGGGCGGGUGCUACUCCGUUCACUGCUUGGAGAAUUGCAUUUUUUAUUCCUGGAUGGCUUCAUGUGGUCAUGGGUAUUUUAGUGUUGACUCUUGGCCAAGAUUUACCUGACGGAAAUCGUGGCGAUUUACAGAAGACGGGU